UGCUGCGGUGGGGGAACUUGUCUGUCUGUCCUGACCAGCGGACGCUUCCGCCUUGUUAUCCUGCACGUCGGCCCCGCCUGCCGCGGCCUUGCAGAGCGUAUCCGAGAGCCCGGAGUGCGGGGACCCAGAGUUCCUGGGCUCCGGGCGACCUUGGGCAAGUCUUACUUGCUGGGCCUUAGUUUCUCUAACUGCACCAGGGAGUUGGGGGGUAGAGAAAGAAUUUAACCUGUCUAACCUGCUCCCAGCACUCACAUCCUGAGAUUUUGUGAUUUUCUGUGCUGAGUGGGGACAUGGGAGGAUCCUUAAAGCCAUCCCACCCGUCACUGCUCCCACAGGUCUUGGCCAUGUACGGCUCUGGAGAAAGGCGGCUGGAAGCAGCAGGGCCCAGACGUAGAAAGGCUCACAGACCCCGGGAAGAGGUGCCCUCCUCCCCACCCCCAUCCAUGGCUGGAGGACAGGGGAGGGGGACUCAGAGCCCUGGCUCCCCGGGAAAUGGCGGUGUGGUAGGGGACCGUGAUGUGCAGCUGUCCAAGGCACUGUCAUAUGCUCUGCGCCACGGGGCCUUGAAACUGGGGCUCUCCAUGGGGGCCGAUGGCUUCGUGCCCCUGCGUGCCCUCCUGCAGCUGCCCCAGUUCCGCAGCUUCUCAGCUGAAGAUGUGCAGCGCGUGGUGGACACCAGCGAGAAGCAGCGCUUUGCCCUAUUGCCCGGGGACCCCAGUACCGGUCCGCUCAUCCGAGCCAAUCAAGGCCACUCCCUGCAGGUACCUGAAUUGGAACUGGUGCCCCUGGAGACGCCACAGGCCCUCCCUCCCGUGCUAGUCCAUGGUACUUUCUGGAAACACUGGCCAUCCAUCUUGCUCAAAGGCCUGUCCUGCCAGGGAAGGACACACAUCCACCUGGCCCCAGGAUUGCCAGGAGACCCUGGUGUCAUCAGUGGGAUGCGGCUGAAUUGUGAAGUGGCUGUGUUCAUCAACGGACCCCUGGCCUUGGCAGAUGGAAUCCCCUUCUUCCGCUCUGCCAAUGGGGUGAUCCUGACUCCAGGGAAUGCAGAUGGCUUCCUGCUUCCCAAGUACUUCAAGGAGGCCUUGCAGCUGCGUCCUACCCGAAGUCCCCUCUCCUUGGCUGGUGAUAAAGAGACAGAGUGUCAGAGUGGCCCCAAGCACAGCCCCAGACCAAGAAGGAUGACCCAACAAUAAAAUAUUUAUUUAUAAG